AUUUCUUCAAAUAAAAGCAUUGAAAUAAAAAUCGCUCAAGAAAAAGAAAAAGUGUACGUGACAACACAUCUCCAGAAGAGUAAAAAAUAAAACAACAAAAUUUCGAAAAUAGUUCGUGCGUGCGAAGAAGUGCUUCGAAGUUUUAUGGCCCAUGCAAAGGCGUCUGUAAGUAUGUACAUAUUGUAUGUGCAAGUGUGUGUGUCCAGGUGCGAGUGCUAAAUUUGUGUUUGCAAAUGGCUCGGUCAGUGCGAAGCUCUAAUUAAAAAGUCCCUAAGCGGAGAGGACCGGGUGUCGCUGAAGCAACCAACUGCCGAAAUUAUAUUGAAAAACAACCCCAAGCCGCCAAUAAAAAAAAACAAACAAACAGAAAAACAGAAAUCGGAGCAAAUUCUGUUUAUUCAAUCCCAGCCACGUUGGAUCCUCGUCGCAUAUAAUGUCAUCAAAAUGUGUUUUCAACAUUGCAUUCGUGUCGAUCAUUUCCAUCAUCAUCGUAAAUGGUUACGCAAAAGACAUUUCUGGAGUUAAAAGAGGUCAUGAACGACUGAACGAAUACAUAUCCCACUACGAAACACUCAACUAUGAUCACGAGCACAUUCGAGCUAGUCACAAUAGAGCGCGACGAUCAGUGACCAAAGAUCAUUAUGUAUAUUUAAAGUUUGCAUCACAUGGAAGAGACUUCCAUCUUAGAUUAAAGCGUGAUUUAAAUACAUUUAGCAAUAAGUUAGACUUUUAUGAUAGCAAGGGCCCCAUUGAUGUCUCCACGGAUCAUAUCUAUGAGGGCGAUGUGAUAGGGGAUCGUAAUAGUUAUGUAUUUGGUUCCAUACACAAUGGGGUAUUUGAGGGUAAAAUUAUAACGGAACGUGAUGCCUAUUAUGUUGAACAUGCCAAACAUUAUUUUCCCACAAAUCGCACGGCGACAACACCGACAACUUCGUCGAAAUUCUCGACAACGACAUCCACCCCAAGGAGCACCAUAAAAAAUACACAGCCAACACGGCCUUUGGGCCCCCAAGAACUCGACAGUAACAACAACAGAACUGCCUUCGAUAGUAAGACAGAAAACUUUAUAAAGAAAAUUGCUGAAUCCACAACGACGUCACCGGACUCAACGUCGUCGUCAACAACAACAACAACAUUCCCACCCACAACGGAAAAUUCGCAUGAGGAAAAGGAGGAUAAUGCUGAGGAUGGACUUGAUUUUCACUCCAUUAUCUAUAAGGAGUCACAUGUCGAGGACGCCUACGAAAAUGUGCGCGAAGGUCACGUGGCCGGCUGUGGCAUUACGGACGAGGUCUCACAAUGGAUGGAGAACAUACAAAAUUCAGCCGUCGAAGAGCUACCGGAGCCGAUGUCAAAGGACUACCAGAAGCUCCACCGGAAGCAGCUGCACAAGAAGUCCGCCCCCCAGCAAGAGCCCCAUCCGCAUCCGCAUCUGAAUCCGAAUCCGCAUCCGCAUCCGCCAAAGAAGUACAUCAGCGGCGAUGACGACUUCAAGUACCCCCAUCAGAAGUACUCGAAGGAGGCGAACUUCGCCGAGGGUGGCUUCUACGAUCCAUCCACCGGAAGUCGCCUGGGCUCAUCCGCGAACCUGGCCGACUGGCAUCAGCUUGUCCACGAGCGAGUGCGUCGAGCCACCGAUGGUGGUGGUGGAAGUGGAGGCUCUUCGGGUGGACCAGGACGUGGCCGCGAGGAUAACAAGAACACCUGCUCGCUCUACAUUCAAACGGAUCCAUUAAUUUGGCGACAUAUUCGCGAAGGAAUUGCUGAUCAUGAUCGUGGGCGCAAGUACGAGGUGGAUGUGAAAACGCGCGAGGAAAUUACAUCGCUGAUUGCACAUCACGUGACGGCCGUUAAUUACAUUUACCGCAACACAAAGUUCGAUGGACGCACAGAGCAUCGCAACAUUCGCUUUGAGGUGCAACGAAUUAAAAUUGAUGACGAUUCGGCCUGCCGUAAUUCCUACAAUGGACCACACAAUGCGUUCUGCAAUGAGCAUAUGGAUGUCUCCAACUUUUUGAAUCUCCAUUCGCUAGAGGAUCACUCUGACUUUUGCCUGGCCUAUGUGUUUACCUACAGAGACUUUACUGGCGGAACUUUGGGCCUGGCUUGGGUGGCAAGUGCUUCGGGAGCCUCUGGAGGUAUUUGCGAGAAGUACAAGACUUACACGGAAACGGUUGGAGGACAGUACCAGAGCACAAAACGAUCUCUUAAUACAGGCAUCAUCACAUUUGUCAACUACAAUAGUCGAGUUCCCCCGAAAGUAUCCCAACUGACGCUGGCCCACGAGAUUGGUCAUAACUUUGGAUCACCACAUGAUUACCCGCAAGAGUGUCGUCCAGGAGGUCUCAAUGGAAACUACAUUAUGUUUGCCAGUGCCACUUCUGGUGAUCGUCCAAACAACUCAAAAUUCUCACCUUGCUCGAUUCGCAAUAUUUCCAACGUACUGGACGUGCUGGUUGGAAACUCUAAGCGGGAUUGCUUCAAGGCCUCUGAGGGUGCAUUCUGCGGUAACAAGAUCGUGGAGUCUGGCGAGGAGUGCGACUGUGGAUUUAACGAGGACGAGUGCAAGGAUAAGUGCUGCUACCCGCGACUGAUCAGCGAGUACGACCAGUCUCUGAACUCCAGUGCCAAAGGAUGCACACGACGGGCCAAGACACAGUGCUCGCCUUCGCAAGGUCCUUGCUGCCUGGCCAACUCCUGUACUUUCGUGCCAACUAGUUACCACCAAAAGUGCAAGGAGGAGACGGAGUGCAGCUGGUCGAGCACUUGCAAUGGAACCACCGCCGAGUGUCCAGAGCCCCGACAUCGGGAUGAUAAGACUAUGUGCAACAAUGGCACAGCCCUGUGCAUCCGAGGUGAAUGCAGUGGCUCACCCUGCCUGCUCUGGAACAUGACCAAGUGCUUCCUCUCGUCAUCGACGCUGCCGCACGUGGACAAGCGCAAGCUGUGCGAUCUGGCCUGUCAGGAUGGUAACGAUGUAUCCACCUGUCGCAGCACCAGCGAGUUUGCCGCCAAGUAUAAUAUCCAGAAGGGAGGAAUAAGCCUGCAACCGGGAUCGCCCUGCGAUAACUUCCAGGGUUACUGCGAUGUGUUCCUCAAGUGCCGAGCAGUGGAUGCCGAUGGUCCGCUGGUGCGGCUUAAGAAUCUAUUGCUGAACCGGGAGACUCUGCUUACGGUGGCCGAGUGGAUAACCGGCAACUGGUAUCUAGUGGUGCUGAUGGGUGUCGCAUUCAUCGUUGUAAUGGGAGCGUUCAUCAAGUGCUGUGCCGUGCACACGCCCAGUUCCAAUCCCAAGAAGAGGAGAGCUCGACGCAUCAGCGAAACACUGAGAGCUCCCAUGAACACGUUGCGAAGAAUGCAACGUCACCCGCAUCAGAGGGGAGCCGGACCCCGCAGCAUUCCACCGCCGGCUCACGAGGCGCAACACUAUCCCCGCGGGGGAGAUGGUCGCAGUGGAGCCGGAGGUGGAGGAGGAGCCGGUCGCCAUGGCGGCUCCCGGUCGCAGCACCACCAGUCGCAUCCGCACGAAUGGGAUCGCCAUCAGGGCGGCCACUCAAUCGUCCCAUUGCCCACCGGCGGCAGUCACUCGAGUCGAAAUGCCGCAGCGAAUCAGGCACGGCGCAGCGAUGGACGCGGCACACGGUCCACGAGCAGCGGAAGGCCGCAGCCCGGAGCGGCAGUAGCAGCCGGAGGCUCGUCCAGCGGGGCAUCGCGAUCACAUGGCGGGUAUGGAGCCGAACAGGCAUUGCCGGGUACCAUUGGUGGUGGUGUGCAGGCGGCCAUGAGCGGCGGUGGGGUUGUGGCAAGGGCCCAGCUGCCGUUGCCAUUGCCGCCGCCCAAUGCGCAGCAGCAGUUGCAAUUGCAGCAACCACAACAACAGCAACAACAGCCACAACCGUUGCAACUACAGCAACCGGCGCUUUCGCCGCAGCAGCAGCAGCAACAACAGCAAGCGUUCUACACGCCGAAAGAACUUCCACCACGCAAUAAGUCCCGAUCAUCACGUACCAACAACACCUCCACCACCACAACCACCAACUCAUCCAACUCGGCCGCAAGCAGCGGGGCGGUAACGGGCUCGGGCUCAGGGGCGGGCAGUAGUAGUAAGAACAAGAGCGGGAAGAGCGGCAAGGUCAAAGACACAAAGGCGCACAAGUCGCAGGCCAGCAGCAGUCGCAGCAGCAGCAAGGAUAAGGCUGCCGUCAAGCCAGUUCGCCGCAAUAUCGUUUAUUAGGAGCGGACCACAAACGUCACAUCACAUCACAUUGCCAUACUAAAAAUAUUGAAAGACAGAGAGCCCGAACCUCAGAAAGACUAACCAAAAAAUGCCCGCUGCCAGUCAUCGAUCCAUGAGUUGUCGCUUCCCACCUACCACCACCAAAAACACAAAAAAAAUAUAUAUAUCUAUAAAAACCAAAAUGAUAUUCCAUUUGACCGAUGCAAUUGGCGUCGCCCCGCCGCAGCUACAAGUAAGCUUUAGUCGGCCGACAUCGUUGCACGAACAGCAGCA